AUGCUUCGCCUUGACCAAUGGGGCUUCGAGGAGCCAGUUAAGCUAAGGAGGUUGGCCCCGCCUUCCGUGCUUCCACAGCACUUUCAGGGAAGAUUGGAUUUCCAGAGCGAGUCGGCCCAAAAUUUGCUUUGUCACAAGAGCAUAAGCAUUACUGUGGAAGAGAAUGCAAUCACGUCAUAUAACUGGACCUCAGAGAAAGCUGAGACUUGUGACAAUGGAGAGUUUUGCCAGGAAAGCAUUUUAAUCAUUAAAGCAGGGACUAAGGCCGCCCUUGUGGUUAGUAAGGGCUGCGUCUCUGGAGGGAUGGCACAGACAACCUUUAUCCAACACACCUCAGGCCCUGGCCUGGUGAUAGUCUCCUUCAGUAACUUCUGUGAGGACCCCUUUUGCAACAACAAAGCGAGCUUAUCUUCGUUUUGGAUGCCAUCAGAGAACACAGCUACCAGUGUGUUGUCAACCCUCUCUUGCCCAACUUGUGUGGCUUUGGAAACCUGUGUCUAUGCCCCUUCUCUUCCCUGUCCUCGUGGUUCAACUCGAUGCUAUCAAGGAACAUUCCAGAUUACUGGCGGAGGCAUCAACUCAGUUUUGGAGGUCAAAGGCUGUACGGCCAUGAUUGCAUGCAAGCUGAUGUCUGGGAUCAGUACUGUCGGAGUCUUUAAGGUGAAGGAAGAAUGUCCACGGCAUUCUUUCACUGAACUCCGGAGGAUGGAAAAUGGGGCCACCUGGCUUCUUGUUUCAGUUUGGGGGUUAGCAUUCUUGCUGCUAUUGAUCCUGCUACUGCUGCAACCACUUGUCCAUUGUUCUUGA